AUGAAGUUACUUGCACGUAGCAAGGUAUUGUGGCCUCUGAUCGAUAAAGACAUAGAACGAACCGUGAAGAACUGCGAAGAUUGUGCAAAAGCCGGAAAGACACCAAUCAAGUGUUCCUUGCAGCCAUGGUCAGUCCCAAGUGGGCCGUGGUCUCGCAUCCUCAUCGAUUACGCCGGUCCCAUGAAUGGAAACUACUUUCUGAUCAUGGUCGAUGCUUACAGCAAGUGGCCGGAGGUUUUUAGAACCAAUGUAACGACGACUUCCCGAACCAUCGAGCUGAUCCUGCAAGCUUUCGCUCAACAUGGCCAUUGCGACACUAUUGUAUCGGAUAAUGGCCCUCAGUUUGCUUCAAUGGAGUUUGAGAGGUUCUGCAAAUCAUUGGGGGUAGAGCACAUUCGAACCGCUCCUUACCACCCGCAAUCGAAUGGGCAAGCUGAGAAAUUUGUCGACUUGCUCAAGACCGGACUGAAGAAGGCCAAAGGAAACAUCGACCAAAAGCUACUCGAGUUCCUCUCCUGCUAUCGUUCGACCCCAUCGUACGGCCUCGGCAUGAAAACACCAGCCGAGGUCCUUAACGGCUGCACAAUGAAGACGAGACUCGAUCUGCUGAACCCUUCCGGCCCGUACCAGGGACUGGCCGACUCCAAACUGGCGCAACAAUUCAACGGUCACCACGGUGCAAAAUGGAAGGAGUUUGUAGAAGGCGACGGCGUCUACUAUCAACUCCAUCGCUCAAACGAUUCAUGGGAAUGGGUUCCAGCGACAGUGAUCAAAAAGUGCGGCACUGUCAACUAUCAAAUUCAAACCGAAUCAGGCCGAGUUAUCAAAGCACACUCAAAUCAGCUUAAGCUGCGCCACAAUAAGGGCGCAUGGUUAGAUACUCCCCAAUUUCUCGACGCCGGCGACACAAGCAAGGAAGUUGCGCCGGAACAAAACACCAUAGAACAAUCCCAAGAUGACAUCAAUCAAAAACCAGAAAAUCGAGAUGACCCAGAAACAUUUGAGGGAAGUACCGACAAUUCAGAUGUCUUUGAGGAUGCCUUGAAGAAUGACGAAGAAGGGAAUCCAAAUGAGGAGGAGAUUCAACAGAUUCCUGACACCCGCCGACACUCUACACGUUCGAAUUUCGGCGUGCCUCCCAGGCGCUAUGGUUUUGACGAGUUCCAGUCUUAG